AUGGUGGGAGAAAGAAAGGAAAAGAAUGAAGAAUUACGUGCCAAACAACGUUGCUUAGCAUCUCAAUCACAAAUAAGAGAAAGAAACGGAAAUUUCAGGAACAUGGAUGGAAGAGCAAAACAAAUCGAUUUUCUUAUCAUCGUCGGUCAAGGGAAGCCACCAAGAGAGAAGGAAAAGAAGAAAGAAUUUUGGAACGCUAAAAUCGCGCUAAGGGACAGGAACAUAAAUUACAAAGCAAGACAAGCUUCAUGUCCUUAUUCAACUUUAAGGGAAAAGCGAAAAAUUGAUACGAACAUAGCCACUGACGCCGCCACCACCACCACCUUCACCACCAACCACGUUAGUCAUCGUGAAUGCAUACUGAGUCUUCUUAUUUCGUUGAUAUUCCAAAAAGAACACACGAGACGAUAUGGUGGUGAAGAAAUAUCUUUACUUUUGGGACCAUUAAAACAUAAAACCUAA